AUGUUCCAAGAAGGAGGGUGUGGCUUAACGCAAAAUAAACGUGCUUUAAACCUCUACGCAGAAGCUGCUGAAUUCGCAGCUGAAGCAAUGCAAGGAAAGUUAAUUCACAAAUACUAUGAGCAAGCUGAAAUGUCUGCUCUGAAGAUUUCGAAUAAAUACGCAAAUGGUUAUACCCUACAACGCUCACCAAUUCAAUGUGAAAUGAACUUUCGAGAACGCGCUUUACUUCAGCUGGGAGGCCUAUUUUUAUACUCUGUCCUACAGCUGGAUGAGAUCUUCGAUCCAGCUCCUCUUCAAAUUGAUGCAGUACCGUUUCGCUUAAGCCUUGAAAUUGUUUCGCCCAUUUUUGCAAGUGUGGUUCUAUUAGGGUGUUUCAAACAGCAAGGAUUUACUCCGGAAUUAUUGCACAUUAUUUGCGAUCGCUCUGUUUCUGAACUCAUACGGCUGUCUGCUGCUGUAUGCUUCAAAAAUAAUGUACACCGACAUUGGGAGGUUACUGAUGAUGAUACCGAUGACUCUACUGAUGAUUUUUAUUCUAAGCCAAAAAAAGAUACAGGUCCAGAAAGAUGUCUGUCGGAUGAGGACAAAGCUCUCAUCAGAGAGCAUAUCAUUGAUGCCGUUUGUGCUGCUGAUGAACCGCACAGAACUCUUCUUUGCACGGCUAUUCUACUGAUUUUGCAUGCCGAUUUCCCGAAAAACUGGCCAGAUUUUGCUGAGAAGCUUACAGCGAAAAUUCUCCAAGCUCCUAAUGCUUCGACGUUGGCUGUGGCUCUUCUUAUAGUACAUCGCUUUCUCAAAGUUCACAAAUGUCGUUAUCCACACUAUGCGGAAAAUCAAUAUGUUUUCACUGCAAGAAAUUUUUUAACAGAAUGGGCUCCUCUUGCUAUUGAAUCCUCACUGUUGAUUUUUAAUGCCGUUCGAAAUGAUGAAUACGUGCCGGGUAGAGAACUCAUCGAACAUGUGUUGUUCCCAAUAUUGUGCUAUGGCGAUGUUGCUGAAGAUAGGUGGAGAGAAGAUGUGGAGGAACCUAUUCGCUUCAGGUUUGGUAAGCACUAA